AUGGCACAAGUCUCCGACAUUAUCGUCUACGGGGAUGAUCAGACAGAUCACCGCAUCAUCAAAUCUGUUGCAGAGCGGGCAGCCAAGGUGCAGCGACAGUGGCGAAGGGAAAUCGAGGCAACGGGCCAGUCACCAGAGACAUACAAUACAUUCGUACUAACAGAGCCGUUCGAUGUAAUAGAGGAGUCCUACCCUCAUCUCGUCGCCCUGGAUUCUCACGGUUGUGCAACGGGCGAAGUGCUUGACUUUCUUCUGCAGGAGAGGAGAGAGAUGUGUGAAAUGUCAAAAGCAUCUGAGUUCAGCUGUGGCGUAUUCCAGGGUCCUACUCCCGACGAAUGCAUGUCUGAAAGCGACAAGACCUCCCAAUUUGAUGUGUAUGUCGAGGCCAGCGAUCAUGCAAGCAUGCCGGAAGAAAGCCUACUGCAAGCAAGAAUGACUCAGUUGGAGGACGGUCAGAUUGAUGGUCCCAUUCGACUCGCGUUUCCGAGCUCUGGAAGCAUCCUGCCACCGUCGUGGUCUCAGGCAGAAGUCGACGGUAUCUUCUCGAUGUGUCGAUGGUUGUAUACAUUGACACAUAGACGACGGAGAACGACUGGGCCUGAUAGAGACGACGACGGCGACAUUGAGAUGUCUGAGAUUGAUCCUCGUCCUUUCAGAGUGCUACUGCAUUGCGCCGACGGAUACACGGAGACCAGCAUGCUUGCUGUGGCCUAUUUCAUGUAUGCUGAAGGGCUGCCGGUCCAUGAAGCUUGGGUCAAACUUCACACAGACAAAGGUCGCAAUUUCUUCGCGUAUCCGUCUGACGUGGCACUUCUCACAUCGAUGCAGGCACGUCUGCUAAGAGAGUCUCCUGCACUCAGCCAUCGGAGAACGUCAAUUCCAAAGUCACCAGCGUGGCUGGCCAAGCUGGACGCAGCCUGCCGAGUCGAGUCCUGUCCUACAUGUAUCUGGCAACCUGACACACGCCAACAACCCUGA